AUGGUUCUCCAGUACAUGUUCUGUGUACUGUUUCUCUGUAGUCUGGACCGGGUUGUGAACGGGCAGACGUAUCCUUUCCAAGACACUAGUCUGUCAUGGGAGAAGCGGGUCGAUGACCUGGUGUCCAGGUUGACCCUUGAGGAGAUGCAAGUGCAGAUGGCUCGCGGUGGAGUUGGAGAGAGGGGCGGCCCAGCACCGGCGAUCCCUCGCCUAGGGAUCGGGGCUUAUCAAUGGGACUCGGAAUGUAUCAGCGGCGCCGCUAGAGCUCCAGAAAAUGCUACGGCAUUUCCAGAACCCAUUGGAAUGUCUGCAAGUUUUAGCCCAAGUCUCAUGUUCAGAGUAGCAGCCGCUAUCGGUACAGAGGUCAGAGGUAAACACAAUGAUUUUGUUAAAAGAGGGGUCUUUGGCAGCCACACGGGAGCCAGUUGCUUCAGCCCUGUCAUCAACAUCGUCCGGGACCCCCGCUGGGGCCGGAUAUGGGAAACCUAUGGGGAAGAUCCGUUUCUCAGUGGCGUGCUCUCUCAGAAAUAUGUGAAGGGGUUACAAGGUAACGACACGAGGUUCGUCCAGGCAACGGCCGGAUGCAAGCACUUCGACGUACACGGAGGACCAGAAAGGUUACGGAGCCAUUUUGACGCAAUAGUGACGGACCACGACUGGCGGAUGACUUUCUUACCCGCCUUCAGAAAGUGUGUCCAAGCCGGCACGUUCAGUCUGAUGUGUAGUUACAACAAAGUGAACGGCAUCCCCGCGUGCGCCCACAAACAACUGCUUACGGACAUCCUGCGAACCGAGUGGAACUUUACCGGCUACGUGAUCAGCGACCAACAAGCCAUAGAGAACAUCAUUCACAGCCACCAUUACGUGGACAACGACGUGGACGCGGCUGCAGCUGCGAUCAAUGCCGGCUGUAACCUUGACCUUGGCAACGACAUCGUUCAGAACGUCUAUAUGUCCAUUGUUGAGGCUGUCAGACAAGGAAAGCUGACAGAAGAAGUUGUGCGUGAGAGAGUAAGGCCGCUGUUUUAUACCAGAAUGAGACUAGGAGAGUUUGACCCACCAGACAACAACCCUUACGCACAGCUGAACAACAGUGUGGUCGAGUCGCCAGCGCACAUUUCCCUGGCUGUGGAAGCUGCUACUAAAACUUUUGUACUUCUCAAGAACCAAAAUAACAUCCUACCGCUCAAACAGGGAGCCUACAAAAACAUUGCGGUCAUCGGCCCUUACGCCGACAACAACGACCUGCUCUUCGGUGACUACCGGGCUCAGCAGGAUAGAAGCUUCACCAAGACCCCUCUCCAGGCACUACAAGAGCUCUACCCGUCGGUCAAGCAUGCCCAAGGAUGUAACGACAGCACUCCUUGCCUAAGCUACUCCUCAAGUGUGACGCAGGGUGUGGUCGUUGGGGUAGAUCUAGUGUUUGUGUUGCUGGGGACAGACAGCCAAGCCAAGAUCGUUCUCCUGCUCUUCAACGCUGGACCUCUCAAUGUGUCAUUCGUGGACGAAUCAGACCGCGUGGACGCCAUCUUGGCCUGCUUUCUUCCGGGUCAAGCAACAGGUGAGGCGCUGGUCAAGGUUCUCACAAAUUCUGAUGGAAAAUCAUCUCCGGCUGGAAGAUUGUCGGUCACCUGGCCAAAAUAUGAGUCACAGCUGCAGCCAUUCAUCAACUAUUCCAUGGAGGGCAGAACCUACCGCUACUUGAAGACAGAACCUCUCUACCCGUUCGGCUACGGUCUGUCCUACUCCAGUUUCCAGUAUGACGGGAUGGAACUGGGAGACUUGAGUUCACCCACACAGAACCUCAACGUGUCCCUCAGUGUGACCAACACCGGCAAACUAGACGCUGACGAGGUGAUUCAGUGUUACCUGGAGUGGGGGAACCAAUCGUUGCCGGUACCACAGAGACAGCUGGUGUACUUCAACCGUGUCCACAUUCCUGCUGGUCAGAAAAUCCAGCAUUCAUUUCACAUUCUGUGGGACAACUGGGCAUUCAGAGACAACGGACAAUGGUCAAUCCAAGAAGGCUCUAUGACGCUAUUCUGCGGGGGCCAACAACCGGGACAGAAGAGAAAGAUCCCAUCAUCCAACGUCGUGUCUCUGCCAUUCAUCAUCCCCAGCUCUACACGUCUUGCUGUCUUGUAA